AUGGAAGAUACAGAGUCCACCGCUCCAUCCGAUCGUCAGGGUGGCUUAAAGACUAACAAGAAAUCACCACAGAAAGAAUCUGAUACCAUGAAAGCAUCAGAAGCAGAGUCGGCAGACCCUGUUGCAGCUUCUUCUGAGUCUGCUGAGCGAACUACUAAGGGUAGCUCCAGCUCCAAGAAGAAGACUCAGGAUAAGAAGGGAAAGGAAAAGGAGACCGAAACCAUCUCGGAAGAGAAAGAGGAUGCUGCGGGUUCUGAUAGCUCGAGUGUGGCGGCUGCCUCUGAUGCUGAUGACGAUAAAGCUUCUCCCAAACCGACACCAGCUGCUAAAAAGCAUAUCGGGGUGAAGGGCAAAGCCAAGAGCAAGAAAAGUGCCAACAAGACAAAUUCAGGGAAGGAGAAAACUACCAAGAAGUCGACCAAGCAGAAGAAGAAUGACAAGAGCAAAAAGAAGUCCAAAAUUUCUUCUGAUACCGACUCAGAUUCGGACUCGGACUCUGACACUGAAUCUAUGUCGUCAGAUUCUGACGCUUCAUCGGACAACGAAGCAAAGAAAAAGACUGACAAGAAACCUUCCAACCUUAAGAACCAGUUCAAGGCUCUGGAGCUUCAAUUCGCUCAACUUCAGCAACAACUAGCCAACUCAAACAACAUCGCCUCUUAUGGAACCUCUGUCAACCCGUAUUCUUUCCAGCACCCCUCAUUGUCUCUACUCCCAAACCCUCUAGAUUCAGCAUCUGCCGCCGCCAGGCGCAGCAGGCGUCUGCCCUCUAGGACAACACUCCGCAGGCUGGCUGAGCCACAGAGCAGUGAUCUGGAUGAGGACUCCAAUGAUCGCACUUCUGUAGAUAAGAAGAAGUCCAAGGACAAAAAGGCCAAGAAUCCUGCCUUCAAGCGCGUGGAUCAGGUGUGGGACACCAAUAUCCACAACUACAAACUACAGGACACAGCUGAUGCAAACAACGAUGCCCAAUACCAAGAUUACAUCUUCCAUGUUCGCCGAACCUUCGACUGGGAGGGCAAAUACCGGGCCACUGUUAUUGACAUCAAGAGUAAACUCCUCCGCGAAUGUUUGCAGGACGUUAUCGGUAAUGUCGAAGGCGUCAGCCUUGUGGACGAGACGCCUAGGAUUAGCCCCAAUCUCUUAUUUCUGUACUUGGAAGAAAUGCGCCAUCAUCUGAAGGCGUUGCGGAAAGCCAAACCAGCUGGCGAUUCGAAGAAGUCUCGCAAGAAGAACAAAGAGCGUCUCAAGGACAAGAGGAAGCAUCUUAAGGUUGUGAUCAAGUACCUGGAUCAUGAUUUUGAAUCUAUCAAAGAAAGCCUCUAUCCCAUGUUGGAGAGCGGUCUUAUCACGUUCGACUUGCUUUGGGCACUGUGGAAGCCCAACACACUGGCCUACACCACAACCUACGGAAACACGUCUGAGCCCCGGGUAUUCAAGGUCGAGGUGACACACCUCCACCAUAGUAUCCUCAAAGGAGACUACUACUACGUCGAUGGAAAGUAUUUCGAGUUUGACGGUAAGCGCUUCGGCUAUGGCAACACGUCUGUGGAUAUAGAUGAGUUCCAGGGCGCCAAAAAGAUCACCAGUCUCUCUUGCUACCCGCUUCAAUACCAUCAUAACGAAGACAAACUUCGUCGUGAUUUGGUGGAGCGGGGUAAGAAGUUCGUCUCGCUGAGUGGUGUUCACUACAAGGGCUAUUCAGGAAUUGCCUUCAUGAAGCGUAAGAAGGGAAUGGUUAUGAAGUUCAACAUCCAGCCUAGCCGAGUCAUGAUCGACCCUACAAUCUUUCGGAGAAUCAAUCCUAACUACCACGUCUCGACUGUUAAGCCCAAGGACCCAGAUAUCCUCUCUGAUGCGGAGGACUCGGACUCGGAGUCUAAGGGUUGUUCCGAAUGCUCAGACGGUGAAGAUGGGGAAAAGGUCAAGAUGGUCACCAAAGUAUAUAAGGAUUCGGACGGUGAGGUGCGAAUGGUUAGGUUCCCCAAGCACUUGAUCGAGGAGGAAUCGGAGGUCGAACUGGAUAGACUUCCGUCUAAGAAGGGUGAAGGGGAAGUGGAAGUGGAAGGUGAAGACGAGGACGAAGAGAAUGUGGAUGUUCUCGAGUUUACUGACGAAGAGUAUCUCAUUGCCUCACCAGUGGUGCUUGGAUUCGCCUUCUCGGAGAAGCAAUGGCUCGAGCUCGCCGUCUCUGGCGUCAACGACAUCAAGUGGAAUGAAAAAGCCUGGGACUCGCUCGUUCUUGACGACGGCACCAAGGAACUGAUCAAAGCUCUUGUCAAGUCACGCAAGUACCAUGCGGCUAACACCAUUGAUGAUGUUAUCCAGGGUAAAGGAAAAGGCCUUGUCACCGUUCUUCAUGGACCUCCUGGAACUGGUAAGACACUCACUGCCGAGGGUAUCGGCGAGCUGCUCCAGUGUCCGUUGUAUAUGGCAUCUGCUGGAGAAUUAGGAACGGACUCGCGCUUCCUAGAGGUGGAGCUGCAGAAGAUAUUGGAUAUUUGCCAUGCUUGGGGUGCUAUCCUCCUGCUAGAUGAAGCGGAUGUGUUUUUGGAGAAGCGCAACAUGCACGACAUUCAUCGCAAUGCUCUUGUGAGCAUCUUCCUCCGACAGUUGGAGUAUUUCCAGGGAAUUCUAUUCCUUACUACCAACCGGGUAGAGACAUUCGACGAAGCCUUUCAGUCUCGAAUUCACAUCGCAUUGCGAUACGAGAACCUCGACUCCAAAGCAAAGCGGACCAUCUUCAAGAUGUUCCUGGACCGGGUUCAGAAGCUGGGCAAGCUCAAGGUAGAGCCGUUGACGGAGGACGACUUCAACGUGUUAUCGAAGCAGGAUCUGAAUGGCCGCGAAAUCAAGAACGUGGUAGGCUCAGCUCAGGAUCUCGCCGUUAACAAGGGCGAGGCGCUUAGCAUGCGUCACAUCCGACAAGUUCUCGAUGUCCAUGCCAAGUUUGGACAGGAUCUGAAGGGUGGUUCUGGCUACGAGGAUGCUAUGAGGAGCUACUUCUGA